CAAACGCGUCCAUUCCCCGUAUCCUUCAAGCCCUCCCCACUCUUCGCCUGUUCGUUUUCUGCCGUUUGAUCCCUCGUUUAACUCCCACUCCUCUCUCUCUCUCUCUGUGCUGCUUCAUCUUCUUCUUCUAUCCCAUUCGUUUAUCUGUGUUUUAUCAUCGCCCAGUGAUCACUGAACACACGCCAGAGCCCAAUUGGUCUUCACCGGAUCUGAUGAUAUGAGCAUCCGGCUGCGCCACGGCCCGCCACAGCGCCAGCCAGAGGAGGAUGAGACUUACAACAUAAUACCAGUUCAUAACCUCCUCGCUGACCACCCCUCACUGAGGUACCCGGAGGUACGUGCGGCUGCGGCGGCUCUUCGAGCCGUCGGGAACCUCCGUAAGCCGCCGUUUGCCCAAUGGCUCCCGCACUUCGACCUCAUCGACUGGCUCGCCUUGUUCUUUGGAUUCCAACGUGAUAAUGUGAGGAAUCAGAGGGAGCACCUUGUCCUCCACCUCGCCAACGCUCAGAUGCGACUUUCUCCUCCUCCCGACAACAUAGACUCUCUUGACCCUGGCGUGCUCCGUCGCUUCCGUCGUAAAUUACUUGGCAACUAUACGAGUUGGUGUUCCUAUAUUGGAAAGAAAUCAAACAUCUGGAUCUCGGAUAAUCGCGGGGGCCACCAGCAGUCUGCAUCUGACCAGCAGCGGGAGCUUCUCUAUGUGGCGUUGUAUCUCUUGAUUUGGGGCGAGGCUGCUAAUCUCCGGUUCAUGCCGGAAUGCCUAUGCUAUAUUUUCCAUCACAUGGCCAUGGAAUUGAACAAGAUUCUAGAGGAUUAUAUCGAUGAGAACACCGGGCAGCCAGUUAUGCCCUCUAUUUCUGGCGAGAAUGCUUUCUUGAACUGCGUUGUGAAGCCGAUUUAUGAGACGAUUAAGGCUGAGGUUGAGAGCAGCAAGAAUGGAACCGCUCCGCACAGCGCGUGGCGAAACUAUGAUGAUUUGAAUGAGUAUUUUUGGAGCAGACGAUGCUUUUCUAAACUAAAGUGGCCGAUCGAUGUUGGAAGUAAUUUCUUUGUGUUAUCGAGUACGAGAAAGCACGUGGGGAAAACUGGAUUUGUGGAGCAGAGAUCGUUUUGGAACUUGUAUAGGAGUUUUGACAGGCUCUGGGUGAUGUUGAUUCUAUUUCUUCAGGCGGCUAUCAUUGUUGCUUGGGAGGGGAGAGAAUAUCCAUGGCAGGCAUUGAGGGGUAGUGAGAAUAGGGACGUUCAGGUUCGGGUUUUGACAGUGUUUUUCACAUGGAGCGGGUUGCGCUUCUUGCAGUCCUUGCUCGAUGCAGGGAUGCAGUAUAGUCUCGUUUCUAGGGAGACUCUGUGGCUUGGAGUGAGAAUGGUGUUGAAAGCCGUUGUUGCUGCAUGCUGGAUCAUUAUAUUCACGGUGUUUUAUGUUCGAAUUUGGACUCAGAAGGACAAAGACGGGAGCUGGUCCUCUGAGGCUAAUAGGCGCAUCGUGAAUUUUCUUGAGGUGGCGUGCGUAUUUAUUCUCCCAGAGGUACUGGCAUUGGCUCUGUUUGUGAUUCCCUUUAUCAGGAAUUUCCUUGAGAGCACAAACUGGAAGAUCUUUUACUUGUUGACUUGGUGGUUUCAAAGCCGGAGUUUUGUUGGUCGGGCAUUGAGGGAAGGUCUUGUGGAUAAUAUAAAGUACUUUCUUUUCUGGCUUGUGGUCCUUGGUACCAAAUUUUCGUUCAGUUACUUCAUGCAGAUCAAGCCCAUGGUUAAGCCUACAAAACAGCUGGUGCGGCUUAAGGGUGUGCAUUAUGAGUGGCACCAGUUCUUCCAUGACAGCAAUAGAUUGGCGGUUGGACUUUUGUGGCUCCCUGUUGUGUUGAUUUACUUCAUGGACUUGCAGAUAUGGUAUGCCAUCUACUCAUCCCUAGUUGGUGCAGCUGUGGGGUUGUUUGCACACUUGGGUGAGAUUCGUAACAUUCAGCAGCUGCGUUUGAGAUUCCAGUUCUUUGCAAGUGCGAUUCAGUUUAAUCUAAUGCCUGAGGAGCAGCUGUUAAAUACAAGGGGGACACUGAAGAACAAGUUUAAGGAUGCCAUUUACCGUUUAAAGUUGAGGUAUGGGCUUGGCCGGCCCUUCAAGAAGCUUGAAUCAAACCAGGUUGAGGCGAACAAGUUUGCCUUGAUAUGGAACGAGAUAAUCUCCACAUUCAGGGAAGAGGAUAUCAUCUCUGACCGUGAGGUUGAAUUGUUGGAGCUGCCUCAAAACACUUGGAACGUCAGGGUUAUCCGCUGGCCAUGCUUUCUCCUCUGUAAUGAGUUGCUUCUUGCUCUCAGCCAGGCCAAGGAGUUGGUGGAUGCUCCUGAUAGGUGGCUAUGGUAUAAGAUAUGUAAGAAUGAAUAUAGGCGCUGCUCUGUUAUAGAAGCUUAUGAUAGUGUUAAACACUUGCUCCUCCAGAUUAUAAAACUCAACUCUGAGGAACACUCUAUUGUCACAAUCUUGUUUCAAGAAAUUGACCAUUCUUUGGAGAUUGAGAAGUUCACCAAAACCUUCAAGAUGACUGUGCUGCCCCAGUUCCAUAACAAGUUAAUUAGACUUGCUGAGCUAUUGAAUAAGCCUAAGAAAGAUGUUAACCAGGUGGUGAAUGCUCUGCAGGCUCUGUAUGAGAUUGCUGUGAGAGACUUUUUCAAAGACAAGAGGAGCAUUGAACAACUAAGGGAGGAUGGCUUGGCUCCUCGAAAUCCAACCGGAGGGCUGCUUUUUGAGAAUGCUGUUGAAUUGCCUGAUCCCACGAAUGAGAACUUCUAUAGGCAGGUCCGGCGUUUGCAUAUGAUUCUUACCUCCAGAGACUCUAUGCAAGCCAUCCCAAUAAACCUUGAGGCAAGACGAAGGAUAGCAUUCUUCAGCAAUUCUCUCUUCAUGAACAUGCCUCACGCUCCCCAAGUUGAGAAAAUGAUGGCCUUCAGUGUUCUGACCCCUUAUUACAAUGAGGAGGUGCUGUACAGCAAAGAACAACUUAGGACUGAGAAUGAAGAUGGUAUUUCCAUCUUGUAUUAUCUGCAGACUAUUUAUGAUGAUGAGUGGAAAAACUUCCUGGAGAGGAUGUGUCGAGAAGGGAUGGAAAAAGACCAUGAUUUAUGGACAACCAAGUUGAGAGAUCUUAGGCUUUGGGCAUCCUACAGAGGUCAAACCCUUUCUCGUACUGUGAGGGGUAUGAUGUAUUAUUAUCGGGCUCUUAAGAUGCUGGCUUUUCUUGAUUCUGCAUCGGAAAUGGAUAUUAGGGAAGGGUCACGGGAACUAGGUUCGAUGAGGCGAGAUGGUCGUUUAGAUGAUUUUGGCUCUGAAAGGUCACAUUCUUCCCGGAGCUUAAGCAGAGCUAGUAGUUCAGUUAGUUUGUUAUUUAAAGGCCAUGAGUAUGGGACUGCUUUGAUGAAAUAUACAUACGUAGUUGCCUGCCAGAUAUAUGGGGUUCAAAAGGCAAAAAAGGAUCCCCAUGCGGAGGAUAUCUUGUAUUUAUUGAAGAACAAUGAGGCCCUUCGAGUUGCCUAUGUUGAUGAGGUUUCCACAGGGAGGGAUGAGAAGGAAUUCUACUCUGUUCUUGUUAAGUAUGAUCAGCAGCUGGAGAAGGAAGUGGAAAUCUAUAGGGUCAAGCUACCAGGUCCCUUGAAGCUUGGAGAAGGAAAACCUGAAAAUCAAAAUCAUUCACUCAUCUUUACUCGUGGAGAUGCGGUUCAAACAAUUGAUAUGAAUCAGGACAACUACUUCGAGGAGGCCCUGAAAAUGCGGAAUUUAUUGGAAGAGUACAGGCGCUACUAUGGAAUCCGGAAACCCACAAUUUUGGGGGUCAGGGAACAUGUUUUCACUGGUUCUGUUUCAUCACUUGCCUGGUUUAUGUCGGCACAGGAAACAAGUUUUGUUACCUUGGGACAGCGUGUUUUGGCAAACCCUCUGAAAGUUCGAAUGCAUUAUGGCCAUCCAGAUGUCUUUGACAGAUUUUGGUUCUUGACUCGAGGUGGCAUUAGCAAAGCUUCCAGGGUAAUUAACAUCAGUGAGGACAUUUUUGCUGGCUUUAAUUGCACUUUGCGAGGAGGCAAUGUCACUCAUCAUGAGUAUAUCCAAGUUGGCAAGGGAAGGGAUGUUGGGUUAAAUCAAAUAGCCAUGUUUGAAGCCAAGGUUGCCAGUGGAAAUGGCGAACAAAUUUUAAGUAGAGAUGUCUACAGAUUGGGUCAUAGGCUGGACUUCUUCCGGAUGCUAUCAUUCUUUUACACUACAGUAGGAUUCUAUUUCAGCACUAUGAUGGUUGUUCUGACUGUAUAUGCAUUUUUAUGGGGCCGGCUUUAUCUUUCUCUAAGUGGUGUUGAGGCAUCUGUGACCAAUAAUAGCGACAACAAUAGAGCCAUUGCUACCAUUUUGAAUCAGCAAUUCAUCAUCCAACUUGGUCUGUUCACUGCCCUUCCGAUGAUAGUGGAGAAUACUCUUGAGCAUGGAUUCCUCCACGCUAUAUGGGAUUUCUUGACAAUGCAGCUGCAGCUUUCUUCUGUUUUCUAUACCUUCUCCAUGGGAACCAAAACCCACUAUUUUGGUCGAACCAUACUUCAUGGUGGGGCAAAGUAUCGGGCAACUGGGCGUGGUUUUGUCGUUCAGCAUAAGGGUUUCACUGAAAACUACAGGCUCUAUGCACGUAGUCACUUUGUGAAGGCAAUUGAGCUUGGGGUGAUACUAAUGAUCUAUGCAUCGCAUAGUCCCAUAGCCAAGAACACAUUUGUUUAUAUAGCCAUGACGAUCUCCAGUUGGUUCCUGGUUGUGUCAUGGAUAAUGGCCCCCUUUGUGUUCAAUCCUUCAGGCUUUGACUGGUUAAAGACUGUGUAUGACUUUGAUGAUUUUAUGAACUGGAUCUGGUAUCGUGGUAGUGUUUUUGCUAAAGCUGAACAGAGCUGGGAACGAUGGUGGUAUGAAGAGCAGGAUCAUCUGAGGACAACUGGCCUUUGGGGAAAGUUACUGGAAAUAAUUUUGGACCUGCGCUUCUUCUUCUUUCAGUAUGGACUUGUAUAUCAGCUAGGCAUCGCUUCAGGAAGUACCAGUAUUGCUGUUUACUUGCUAUCUUGGAUCUACAUUUUUGUAGCUUUUGGAGUUUAUGCCAUAAUCUCUUAUGCUCGGGACAAAUAUGCAGCGAAGGAUCACAUCUAUUAUCGUCUGGUUCAGUUUCUUGUAAUUGUACUUGCAAUACUUGUGAUUAUUGCACUGCUAGAAUUCACAAACCUCAGUUUUGUUGAUCUUUUCAAAAGUUUGUUGGCCUUUAUCCCCACUGGAUGGGGCAUGCUAUUGAUUGCCCAAGUACUUCAUCCAUUUCUGCAAUCCACUUUGCUUUGGGAGUCCGUGGUUUCUGUGGCUCGACUUUAUGAUGUAUUAUUUGGAGUGAUAGUCAUGGCUCCUGUGGCAUUUCUAUCAUGGAUGCCUGGGUUCCAGUCAAUGCAAACAAGGAUUCUAUUCAAUGACGCAUUCAGCAGGGGUCUCCGCAUAUUCCAGAUUGUCACUGGAAAAAAAUCUAAAGCUGACUUGUGAUUUGAGGUUUGAAGUCAGGCAUAUAACAAAGACUAAUACAAGUUGGGCGGCUGGAUUUUUCUUUCUUGAUUUGUUGAGGUUAUUUUCAAAAGGCACGAUGGUGGUUGCCAAUAGCAUUAUCAUUUUCAUUCAUUUUGAAUUGAGUGGGGGAGGGAAUUGCCAGCUUCAACUGCAUCUGUUUUUGUAAUUUACUCUCAUCUGUCAGUCCCCCAUGUGUGAACCCAUCCGGAGCUUCUGCUUUAAGAAUCCCUACAUAUUUGAAGGUACAGCUCUCCCUUAUAGUUUACAGAGAGUACGUUGAUAUUGUAGUUUCUUAAGAAUGGUAGAACAAUAUUUAUUCAUUUGUUUGAUACAAACUUUAGCUUGGGUGUCGUAACAUUUUGACUGGCCUUAGAGUGAUAAGAAUGGAGCAGUUGCUGUAGCAUAUGUGAUGUUAAUUCAAUAGAUGAUGUACAGUGCCACCUUUAAGAGUUGUACCUCGACGACUGUUAAUGAAUUACUUUGAUGCAAAUAUUCUAGCUGUUGCUCUUCC